AUGGUUGAUUUGUUGAAAGAAUACGUGGAUGUUUUUGCUUGGAGCUAUCAAGAUAUGCCUGGAUUGGAUAUCACUAUUGUAGAGCAGAGAUUACUGUUAAAGCUAGAAUGUCCUCCUUUUAAGCAAAAGUUAAGAAGAACUCACCCAGAUAUGGUAGACAAGAUUAAAGAAGAGGUACACAAGCAAAUCAACGCUGCUGCUGCUUCCCCCAAUUUAGUUUUGGUUAUUGAGCUUUGCAGUACUUACCCAAAAGGACUAAGAGCUUGUCUUCUUGUGCCUCAAAAUGACUUCCACAAUGAUGUUAACAAUUUUACAGAAGUAGGAGGGACUGUUGUGGACGGUCAAAUUUGUCAUCCAAGAAAUUAUGACUUCUAUAUGUGUGCUCAUGCAGGAAUGAAUGCAUAUGAAAUCAGUCUUGCCUCUAAAAUUCCUUUGGAGGCUAUUGCUAAUGCCUUAAAGAGGAAUGAGAUAGAGAAUUAUCAACCAGCCAAUGGGGACCCUUCUUCUCAACUCAUGGUAAAGCCGGAGGCAACAACUGGUUUGUCUCAUGGUGGAAAAAGUGGAGAAUCUUUUUCUUCACUCUCGAUUUCUAUAUAUAUGAGAACAAGAUCUGCGGCACGAAUUGUUAACAAUGACCAUUCUGAUGAUUUUGUUACAAUCAUAGAGGAAGACGUAAAUGAUCGUACUGCUGCAGUUGGGACUGAAGAGGCAGAGGAUGGAUUUGCUGACAUGAGAAAUAAGAAAGGCAAAAGAACUUCAUCAAAUAUAUUGCAUAGAAAUAUGAGAACAAGAUCUGCGGCACGAAUUGACAACAAUGACCAUACUGCUGCAGUUGGGACAGAAGAGGAAGACUUGAAUGAUCAUACUGGUGCAGUUGGGACAGAAGAGGAAGAGGAUGGAAGUGCUGACAUGAGAAAUAAGAAAGGCAAAAAAACAUCAUCAAGAAUAUUGCAUAGGUGUUUCCCUAAGAAGCUGACAGAAUUAGUUUUGUUGUUGAACGAGGGAAAGAAAGAUCCUAGGAAGAAAGAAGACUGUAUUAAGAAAGAGAAGUAUAUUACGGAAUGUGGAUUUGGUGGAUUGUUAAAACUGAACAUCACCAUUAUCCCGGGGGUAUUUGUAAGUUGGAUUUUAGAUAACUUUGACGAACAUAGGGGAAUGAUUGUCAAUGAAAAUGCAAGAAUUACAGUUGGAGAAGAAGAUGUGAAGAGGGUAUAUGAUUUGCCAAGGGGUAAGAAGAUAAUUGAUUUGGAAAAGGUUGACAAAUCAAGUAAAGAAAAGGUGAAGAAAUUUAAGGAGCAGCUCGGGUACAUAGGGGAGACUUAUGAUAGUAUGAUCCACAUACAUACCAAUGUUUUGUAUGAAAAAUUGAUGAAUUUUGAAAUCACAAAGAACAAAGCUUGGGCAAAAGGUUUUAUAUUAUUGGCUAUCGGAACCAUUCUUUGCCCUACUACUUCAUACUUGAUUAGUUUGAACUAUGCUACAGUGUUGAGCGAAGUAAAGAAAGUUAGUAGCUACAACUGGUGUCAACACUUAAUUCAACAUGCCAACGGAGGGAUUAAGAAAGAUGCAUGUUCUGGGAAAGCAGACUUCCACUUUCUUCUAGUACAUUUUUUAGAUAUGGUGCAAACAACCAAACAAAAGGAAAUAGUUGAAAAAGCACCAAGUUGUGGAAAUUGGGAGGAUGGCAAUGUGAGCAUGGAGUUGAAGAAAAUAAAGAAGAAGGGAGGUUUCAACAAGGUGAUCAUUCUUGAUAAACAAGAUUGUGAUAUUCCAGAAAGUAGUAUGGCAGCAAAAGACAUGGGUGAUGAAGUGAUGCAUGACAAAAUUGCUGAGACUGCAAAACGUAGUAGAGAGAAAGUGAUCCAAAGAAAAGGGAAAAAGCGAAAGACACAAAAUGUGGAUAAUGAAAUGAUGGAGGCUCAUUUGGCUCCACAAGACUACGCAUUAGAAGAGGCUAAAAAACAAAUAAAAAUUUGUGAUGAAAAGCUGAAGUUUUGGGCAGAUUGGAAGACUUAUUGGGUCAAACAGGCAGAGGAAGCCGAGUCUUCAAUGAGAAAAGGAAAAGAAGUUGGAGAAAAGGAGCAUCGUUCUAAUACGGAAAAAGAAGUUGGAGAUAAAGAGGAUGCUGCACAUGAGCCUAGAAAUGCAAGUCCUGAAUUGGUUGAGAGUGAAGACAAUGAUUCGGAUCAUGGGCUUGAAGAACAAGCUGCAAAUUUAGUUGAUAAAGAGGAUGAUGCAGAACAGCCCGGAAAAAAAGAUGAUGCAAAUCAGCCUGAAAAAGAAAGUCAAGAGAAGCAUGGUGAUACAGCUGAGAUGAAUGAUUCUGAUUGGGGUCAGCCUUCUUUUAGUCUAGGAUUCAGUACUCCUAUAUCAUUGGAAGAAAGUAGAAAGUCACCAUCUGAUGUGGCAACAUACACACUUAUGGAGAACAUACCACAAAAUGAACAGAUUCCGCUUCCAAAAAGGAUCUCAGCAUUGUCACAAUACUUUAGAUCCCCAUAUGUAAUGCAAAUGAAGAAGGCAAAAUUGAGUGAGGAAGACACACAAUUGGUCAACUAUGCAUGGACAUUGGCAGAAGCAAAUGGAGGAGCUAUGGAGGUAUUGUUCCAAGACAAAUGCAAGAUGUUAGACAACCUUAACAGGGGAUCCUUAUUUUGUCUCAAGAAGGAUUGUAAGUUAGAGGGGGAUGUCAUUGGAAACUAUUUUAGUUUCUUGAAUAAAAAAGAGAUGAUGAAAGGAAAGAUGAAAAGGUUGAUAUUCCCGGUUACAUAUGAAUUUGAGCAUGGCGUCAAGAUCACUAGACGCAAAAAGGAUCAUAGAGAAGCCCAUGUAGUGGCCGAGUAUGCAGAAGAUUUAAUAAGACAGCUCAAAUACAUGGAUUUUAAUGAUAUAGACGUGGAAAAUCCUGAAUAUUGGUUUUUCCCAGUUUAUUUGAAGAGUCACUAUGCUGCAUAUGUGAUUGAUUUCAAAGAACAGAGGUUCGGAUUUCUGAAUAGUUGUGAAAGGUUCACAUUUCGAAAAGAAGAUGAAUGGGACAACUGGGGGAAGUGGAAAGUGAGAUAUGGGAUGGAGUUGAUAAAUGCUAAGAGAAAUGAACCUAUAGACUUUAGUCAAUGGAGUUGGGAGGAUGUGAAUUUGCCUUUACAACAUGAUAGGAAAUCAUGCGGGCUAUUUGUUCUGACAUAUAUUGAGAAAUGGGAUAGCAAGCAAGCUGCAAUUUGGGAUUUUUUUAAGCAUUGGGAUAUGAUGACAAAUGAAGAGCAAGAUGAUUUUAUGGAGAUUCAAAGAGUAAAAGUGUUGCUAGACAUCUUGAAGCGUGAGGACAAUGAGUUGCUUCAAAACUUGACAAAGUUAGCUCUGACAUUGGCUGAAGAAGAGGCUGCAUGUGCUAUGGAGGAUGACUUGGAGAAAGAAGCAGAGAAGAACAAAAAAAAGGUGAAGACAAAGAAGUCAGCCCCUAACUUGGGUGAAGAAGAGGAAGAAUGUUCUAUGGCACAAGUCCUUGAGAAAGAAGCCGGGAAGAAGACAAAAAAACAUAGGACAAAAAGGAAAAAAACUCUAUAUUGA